GGUUUCACUUCCGGGACGGUGUUCCGGCCCAUUCCGGCCCAUUUCCACCCCCGGAGCUCUCACCCCUCCAGUGCCGACGGUAGAGAAAGACCUUACUCCAGGGGCUUCCUCCUCACUGGGGAAUUGCCGGAAAGAGCAAACAAAAAAGGCGCUGGUGUAGGCUCCAAAAUAAACAUCUGCAUUCAUGAUGGCAUCGACAGAGGCUCUUAUUGGAUUAAAAGUUUCAAAACAAACAAAAACGCUUUGGAAAAAGGGUUGAAUGCCUGCCUACGCCCUCAGGCACGACCAUGGAGAAAAGUGGGAACAUACAACUGGAGAUCCCUGACUUCAGCAACUCUGUCCUGAGCCAUCUAAACCAGCUGCGCAUGCAGGGCCGUCUCUGUGACAUCGUGGUCAACGUGCAAGGACAAGCUUUUCGGGCUCACAAAGUGGUACUGGCUGCCAGCUCCCCCUAUUUCCGAGAUCACAUGUCCUUGAAUGAGAUGAGUACUGUCUCCAUUUCAGUCAUAAAGAACCCUACUGUUUUUGAACAGCUCCUUUCUUUCUGUUAUACGGGGCGGAUAUGCCUGCAACUGGCAGAUAUCAUCAGCUACCUGACAGCUGCCAGUUUUCUGCAGAUGCAGCAUAUUAUAGACAAAUGUACACAGAUCCUGGAGGGCAUUCAUUUCAAAAUCAAUGUGGCUGAGGUUGAAGCUGAAUUAAGUCAAACAAGGACAAAGCACCCAGAGGGACCUCCAGAGUCUCACAGAGUUACACCAAAUCUGAACCGCUCCCUUAGCCCCCGACAUAAUACCCCAAAGGGAAACCGGCGAGGUCAGGUUAGUGCUGUGCUGGAUAUCAGGGAGCUCAGCCCUCCUGAGGAGUCCACCAGCCCUCAGAUAAUUGAACAGAGUUCUGAUGUAGAGAGCCGGGAGCCCAUUCUUCGGAUCAACCGAGCAGGACAGUGGUACGUGGAGACAGGAGUAGCAGACCGAGGGGCCCGGAGUGAUGAUGAAGUUAGAGUUCUUGGAGCAGUACACAUCAAAACUGAAAAUCUAGAAGAGUGGCUUGGGCCUGAGAAUCAGCCUUCUGGAGAAGAUGGAAGUAGUGCAGAGGAAGUCACAGCCAUGGUGAUUGACACCACAGGCCAUGGUUCUGUAGGACAGGAAAAUUACAUGUUAGGAUCUUCAGGAGCCAAGGUCGCUAGGCCAACAAGCAGUGAAAUUGACAGAUUUAGCCCCUCCGGCAGUGUUGUUCCCUUGACGGAGAGACACAGAGCCAGAAGUGAGUCUCCUGGGAGAAUGGAUGAGCCUAAGCAACCCAGCUCCCAGGUAGAAGAGUCAGCAAUGAUGGGAGUAAGUGGCUAUGUGGAGUAUCUCCGAGAGCAGGAAGUAUCUGAGCGGUGGUUCCGGUACAACCCCCGUCUCACCUGUAUCUACUGCGCCAAAUCUUUCAACCAGAAGGGGAGCCUGGACCGCCACAUGCGCCUGCACAUGGGAAUUACACCAUUCGUCUGCCGCAUGUGUGGCAAGAAAUAUACCCGGAAAGAUCAGCUGGAGUAUCACAUCCGCAAGCACACAGGCAACAAGCCCUUUCACUGUCAUGUUUGUGGCAAAAGUUUCCCCUUCCAGGCCAUCUUGAAUCAGCACUUUCGCAAAAACCACCCUGGCUGUAUACCCCUGGAGGGGCCUCAUAGCAUCUCCCCUGAAACAACUGUCACAUCUCGGGGACAAGCCGAGGAAGAGUCACCUUCACAAGAAGAGACAGUUGCUUCUGGGGAAACUGCCCAGGGCUCUGUGUCCACUACUGGGCCAGAUUGA